AUGGAAAACGGAGAGACAUACAGGCUACUAUAUGCGGCUCUAAAGGAGCAUGAUAGCGAUGUCGUGGCUAUUGACGACGACCUGCUGCACGAUCGGAAUGAUGCGCGCAAGCCUAAAAACGAGACAGACUAUCCCCGGGUAUUUGUCCGUGACACGUCUGUAUGGGUAUCUGAUGAGCAGGGGAAGGAAGAAAAGAUGGUCAGCGAUGGCAGCGGUACGAGUCCAUUCGACAAAGACAGAAUAUACAUCUCCCCCGACGAGCAGUAUGCUGUUGUUUGGCAGUAUAUUCCAGAGCAAGAACAUUUGAUGUAUCUGGUGGAAUCCUCACCGGUCGAUCAGCUUCAACCGAAAAUGAAAGCAAUCCAGUAUCUCAAGCCUGGUGACCGGGUGAGAAUUUACCGACCACGUUUGUUCAACUUGACGGAGCGAAAAGAAGUAUCUACCGACGACACGCUGUUUCAGAAUCCAUGGGACUUGGUGGAUAUUGGCUGGAACAGAAGUGGGAGCGAGUACAGAUUUCGAUUCAAUGAGCGCGGCCAUCAAUGCUUGCGAGUCAUUGGGGUUGGCGUUGAUGGCCAUGUCCGAGCAUUGGUGGAAGAAAGCAGCAGCACAUUCAUCGACUACUCGAGCAAGCUUUAUUCUCACCUGACUGAGGAUGAAGAUGAGAUGAUCUGGGCGAGUGAGCGCGAUGGCUGGAAUCAUCUCUACCUGUACGAUCUCGUCAAAGGGUGUCUGAAGAGCCAGAUCACCAAAGGCAAGUGGCUGGUCAAGUCUGUGGAAAGAGUGGAUGAAAAAAGCCGGCAGAUCUGGUUCAAGUGCUAUGGAAUAGUUGAAGGCCAAGACCCUUACUAUGCGCAAUUGGCGAGGAUCAAUUUCGAUGGCUCCGGCCUCACGGUGCUUACCGACGGCGAUGGAACUCAUUCUUGGAAGUGGUCUCCGGAUAAUCGCUACCUGAUCGAUAGCUGGUCCCGAGUCGACUGUCCCCCAAGAACCGUCCUGCGUACGGGCGACACCGGUACCAAAAUUAUGGUUCUUGAAGAAAGUCAGCUGGACCGCCUCAUUGACAAGAAUUGGAAUGCUGUCGAGAGAUUCUCCACCACUGGGCGCGAUGAAGCCACGAUGAUAUACGGCAUAAUUAUUCGGCCCGCAAGUUUUGACACAGGCAAGAAAUAUCCCAUCCUUGAAGAACUCUACGCGGGGCCACACAGCUACUACACCCCUAAGGGAUUUUCAGGCCUCUCUGGGUUGCGGCGUUGGGCCGACUUGGGCUACAUCGUGGUCCGUCUGGAUGGCAUGGGCACGAAUUGGCGCUCCAAAGCAUUUCAUGACGUAUGCUACAAGAACCUCCAAGACGCCGGACUUCCCGAUCGCAUUAAGUGGAUAAAGGAGGCAGCAGCAACCCGUCCGUGGAUGGACAUUGAUCGCAUCGGCGUUCACGGCAGGUCUGCUGGCGGCCAAAGUGUAGGCGCCGCGCUAAUCCAUCACGGCGACUUUUAUAAGACAGGUGCGGCAGACUGCGGGUGUCAUGACAAUCGCAAGGACAAGAUCUGGUGGAAUGAGUAG